ACAAAACCUUCACGCCGACGUCUCCCUUUUCUGCUUCACUUUAGGGCCGUUAGAGAGAGGGAGAGAGAGAGAAUGGCGGUGCCGGGGAGGCGCAACGGUUUGAUGGACGAAGAUGAAGACGACAUCUUCGAGGAAAACGAUGGAGCUCUGAUCCAGCUUGAACCCGACUCCGACACCCCUCCCCAUCUCCGUGAUCUCGCCGCAGCCGCUGAGCGCGGAGACCUAGACGCCCUCCGCCGCGCUCUUGAUAACUUGAAUGGCAGCGUAGAUGAACCGGUAGAAGAUGGUGACACUGCUCUUCAUCUUACAUGCCUCUAUGGUCAUUUGCCAUGCGUCCAGCUGUUGUUGGAAAGAGGAGCUAACUUGGAGGCUAAGGAUGAAGAUGGGGCAAUUCCUCUGCAUGAUGCUUGUGCUGGAGGUUUUACAGAGAUCAUUGAACUUCUGAUCAACAGUGCCAACAACCCAGAGAGAGUGAAGAGAAUGCUAGAUUCAGUUGAGGUUGAAGGUGAUACACCUCUUCAUCAUGCCGCAAGAGGUGAACACAUUGAUGUUAUCAGAUUGUUACUGGCUGCUGGUGCUGAUCCUACAAAGACGAAUAUUUAUGGGAAGGCCCCAAGUGAGCUAGCUGAUCCAGACACAGAAGCUAGGCGAAUUUUAGAAGAUGCUGUCAAUUCUAUAUUAUGGCAGUGACUCCUGAUAGAUGAUUGCUGAAGAUACUAAAUUUUGUUUUUAGUUUUGGGCAAUGUUUUUGUUCACCUUGCUUCCAAAGGUACUUAUAACUUAAUAGAUAAUUAUUGUCUGUUAGCAGCCUCUACACAUUGUAAAUAAAAAGAAAAGGGUGGAAGCAGAUUCCAUGCAUAGGGUUCUUUCUCA